UCUGCCUCUCUCUCAGCCAUCCUACAUUAUUUCUAAACCCCUACUCUGUCAUGCUGUUAUUCAAUCCAUAUUUUUUGAAUAAUAAAACAUUUUUAUAUUUUCGAUAGGAUUACAGAGCCUUUUUAAGCCAUCUAAAUACUCCCUUGAAUAUUCACUGCAUUCCUGGCAAAGGGCCAGGGAGCUUAUGUUUGCUUUGUGUAAGAGAUUCGUGUGAGGGAGGUAAUCUUUUCUUACAAAUUCUCUUUACAGAACUGUAUGCUCUUUGCACUUUUUGUGAACGUACCAAUAAGGGAUAGAUACGUAUUCACCAACUGAUAACUAUUGCUAAGGAAAAGAAAACUCGGCACAAACCAAUACAUAAUUAUUAACUAGCAACAGAAACUCACAAUAAACUUGUCUGAAGAACUUUACUUCAAGAUAAUGGCAUCAGAUCUAUUUACAUAUAAAGGAAUACAAUUCGCGAAAGAUAUACACUCUGAAGAAUAUCUCGACUAUGCCGAAAAUGGAUUCACAGUAUUUGAUGAUGAUAUUUUUAAUGUAACCUAUCCAAAAUCAGGUACUAACUGGAUGAUAGAGAUUUUGAAUUUGAUCAAGUACAAAGGAGACAUUUCUUUGAGUAACCAAGUGCCAGUUUAUAUGAGAUCACCAUGGUAUGAAACAGUAAACAGUAAAGAACAAAUUGAUGCCUUAACGCGUCCGAGGAUAAUCUCCUCACAUCUACCUUUUCAUAUGUUUGCAAAAUCCUUCUUCAAUUCAAAAGCAAAAGUCAUCUACACAAUGAGAAACCCUAAGGAUAUAUCCGUGUCUAAUUAUCAUUUUGCCAAGAUACUUCGUGCCUUUAAAGACCCUGAAAGUUUCCAGAAGUGUUUAGAAGACUUUUUGCAUGGAAAUGCUGUAUAUGGCUCUUGGUUCGAUCAUGUUAAAGGAUGGUUGCAAAUGAAAGAUGAUGAUCGCUUCUUCUUUAUCACAUAUGAGGAACUUCUUCAGGACCUCCGAGGUUGUGUGGUGAAAAUAUCUAAGUUUUUAGGACAAGAAUUAGAUGAUGAAGCUAUUGACCUAGUUGUGAAACAUUCGACAUUCAAAUCUAUGAAGGAGAACAAGAUGUCCAACUGGACUAUGAUGCCUGAUGAUAUAAUAGACCAUUCAAAAGGAUGUUUUCUUCGUAAAGGAGUCUCUGGAGACUGGAAGAAUCAUUUUACUGUAGCCCAAAGUGAAUAUUUUGAUAGUGUUUAUCAAGAGAAUAUGAAAGAUUUCAAUUUUACGUUUUUUUGGGAAGAAAACUGAAAUAUUUCCAAUAUUUCCAAGAAUAUCCCUUUAUAUCAUUUGAUUUGAAAUGUUGUCUACCUUAGGAAAAGCAAAUGUUUGUAAAUAAAAACACACAAGUUCCAUUAUUUGGAGUUGUCAAUUCAUGUUCAUUAAAAAAGUGCAAUAUGUUCCUUAAUUGUUUUUUUUAAAAAAUAUUAUUUAUUAAUGUAAAUUACAAUUUGAAAUAAAAAAUG